UCAAAUAGUAACCAAAAAACGAAUAAUUUCACUAAAAACUCAAAAUAAAAGCUUCCUUGUUCAACUAAAUACAAAAAAUUCUCCACAAAAUCUGUGCAUAUAUAUAGAGAAAUGUGAUCCUUAUAGAUUUCCCUUUUAACCCAAAAACCCUAAUCAGUUCAUUCAAUUAGGGUUUUAAAUUUUCUCCAAUUCAAUUUUUCUGUACAGAAAUAUUUACAUAAACAUACAAAUUAAAAAAACAAAAUUGAUAAUAUAUAUGUUUUCAAUUAAGUUUUAGUUUGGUAAUGGUUGUUGUUAUUGAUGGUGAUGAUGGGUCGAGAAGUGGUACCGUUAAUGGAUCCGAGUACCGUCGGGUUGAAGAAAAAGGGAACCGGGUCAAGGAGUUGGUUAUUAGUAGAUGAUUCGGGUCAGGAAACGGUUUUAGAUGUUGAUAAAUAUGAGAUCAUGCAUCGCGUGCAAAUACACGCGCGUGAUUUGAGGAUUAUUGAUCCCUUAUUAUCUUAUCCUUCUACUAUUAUGGGUCGUGAAAGAGCUAUUGUUCUCAAUUUAGAGCAUAUCAAGGCUAUUAUUACAUCUGAAGAGAUUCUUCUUCGAGAUCCAUCAGACGAAAAUGUUACUCCUGUUGUUGAGGAACUUAGAAGGCGACUGAAACCAAUGGAUGGAAAUCGUGAAGACCAGAGAGAGGAAAAAGAUUCGAAUGUUCAGCAUGAUAUUGAAACAACUGAAGAAGAUGAGUCUCCAUUUGAAUUCCGAGCUCUAGAGGUUGCUUUGGAAGCCAUCUGCAGUUUCCUUGCUGCUCGCACAUUAGAAUUGGAAACUGCUGUUUACCCUGCUUUAGAUAUGCUAACAUCAAAGAUUAGUAGCCGUAAUCUGGAUAGAGUGCGGAAAUUAAAGAGUCAAAUGACACGGUUGACUGCUCGUGUACAAAAGGUGAGAGAUGAGCUUGAGCAACUUCUGGAUGAUGAUGAUGACAUGGCUGACCUUUAUUUGUCCAGAAAAUUGGCUGGUGCAUCACCUGUAAGUGGAUCAGGUGCAGCCAGUUGGUUUCUUGCCUCACCUACCAUUGGCUCAAAGAUAUCUAGGGCUAGUAGAGCAAGUAUUGCAACAGUUCGGGGGGAUGAGAAUGAUGUUGAAGAGCUUGAAAUGUUAUUGGAGGCUUACUUCAUGCAAAUUGAUGGCACAUUUAAUAAACUAACUACGCUACGAGAAUAUAUUGAAAACACAGAAGAUUACAUAAACAUUCAGCUGGACAAUCAUCGAAAUCAGCUCAUUCAGUUAGAACUCUUUCUCAGUUCAGGAACCGUGUGUUUGUCUAUCUACUCUUUGAUUGCUGGAAUUUUUGGGAUGAACAUCCCAUAUUCUUGGAAUCAUGAUCAUGGCUACAUGUUUAAAUGGGUGGUAAUCGGUAGUGGCAUCUUUUGUGCCGUGUUUUUCAUAUUUAUAAUCUCUUACGCUCGCUUCAAAGGGCUUGUUGGAUCGUGAAUUCUACUAUCGAGUUAAGACAGAUCUGAUGGCAAGCAAAAGCUUUUGCCAAAGUCUAGAACACAAUGAAGAUACAUUUGAUGGCUAUCUGGUAAGGGACCAUGUGGCAAAUCCAACGCUGUGAAUGACAUAAUUUUUGCAGUCAUAACAGUUCCUCACUCUUUUCAACAAAACAAGUUUGAGAUAUCUAAUGCAGGGUUUACCUUAUCAUAUUCCAGUUAUAAUUGAUAAUGUCAAUCGCAGCCAAAAGGUGUAAUGAAGAUUUUUUUU